AAAGGCUGCUCUUAAAGCAGUCAUGAAGAAAUGCAAUAAAUUCCUUGUUGUUUUAUGAAAAUUUACAACUUUGUGCUAGAAGUUUAUGAGUGGCUGGGUCCUGGGAUUGGCCAGGGCCGGUCAUGUGGACUUGUAGCCGUGAACAUGAACUUUUAUCAUUUCCCAUGUGGGUAGAUUGCAGUAGUCUCUCGGUCACCGCACCUUGGGUAGGAUCAGUGUCUCCUUCAGGGCUCCUGGCUGUGUCCUGGAUGUGGGGAUAAAGUGCAGCUCUGAAGGCUGGAGAGGAAUCGUUUUCAUGGAGGAGACUGCAGGAAGGUGGAGGAGAGCAAUGGAGGAGCCCAGGAGCUGCAGACAGAGGACAGCAUUGCUCAAACAGGGAACAAGCUCCAUUUUGCAGACAAAUGACAGAAAUCUAAAAGCAAUCACAAGACAGAAGAAAAAAAAACAUGGAUUUCAGCCUGGGACAAUCUGUCAGCUUAAAAUAACCUGCAAAGCAAAUCUGCGUGGACCUUCUGUUGAGAGGGGGAAAAGGUGCAGGAGACUUCUGGAAAGUAAAAGAGACGCGGGGUUUGACCAUCCACUGUUUCCCCCUUUUUUUUUUUAAAUUGGAAACGUUUCAGAAAACAUGGCUUGGAAAUUACAAGUCUUGAGAUCAGGGGCCAGGAUCCCUCAAGAAAAAGUAACCGGCUCCAUCUUGAAACGUGAUAUUUGUUGGAGAAGACAAUUAAAGUGGUCAUUCCUAAAACCACACAGAGGAUACCAGUGCCAGGUGACUGUGGGGUGCCAAUGUUAUUCUGUAGGGGUGGGGACACCCUCCGACUUGGUGACAACACGAUUUGGGGAACCAGGAGAUGCAGAAAGCAUCCUACUAUGACAAUCCCACGCUGUUUGGAGGUUACCCCUAUCAAGCGGGCACUUUGGGGUAUGAAGGCCCACAACAGUCCUUUGCAAAUUCAUCCCACAUCGACAAUGACUUUCAGCGCUCUUCUUGUUCCUUGCAAUCUCUAGGACACACUGGUCCUCUGACCAAACCUAAAAAUCUCAACGGGAGCUGUAUGCGUCCAAGUCUAUCCUCUGAGCACCACCAGCCCCCCUCUCUCUCCCCACCCCAAAUCCCCGCAGCCAGCAGUAAUAAUAACUCCACUGUCCUGCCUGGGGCCAGUAAGUCUUCUCCUGCUAAGGCCCAGUCCAGCUCCAGCCCAGCCACCAAGCAGAUCUUCCCAUGGAUGAAAGAGUCCAGACAAAACUCCAAGCAGAAAUCCAGCCCCCCUGUUGCAGCGGCAGAGAGCUGCAGCGGUGACAGGAGCCCCCCGGGGUCUUCAGCCUCCAAAAGAGCCCGUACAGCCUACACCAGCGCCCAGCUAGUGGAACUGGAGAAAGAGUUUCACUUUAAUCGCUAUCUGUGCAGACCUAGAAGGGUGGAGAUGGCCAAUCUGCUGAACCUCAGUGAGAGGCAAAUAAAGAUUUGGUUCCAGAAUCGCAGGAUGAAGUACAAGAAAGAUCAAAAGGUUAAAGGGAUGUCCUCAUCUUCUGGAGGGGCUUCACCAACCAGCACGCCACCCCUGAGCAUGCAAUCCUCUGCAGGGUUCCUGGGAUCUGUGCACUCCAUGAAUGCUAACUAUGAUGCCCCUUCCCCACCCCCCUUUAACAAACCCCACCAGAAUGCCUACUACCAGACCCCUGCAAAAGGUUGCCCAUCUCAACAGAAAUAUGGCAACACAGCUGCUGAGUAUGACCACCAUGGCUUACAAGGGAAUGGAGGCAGCUAUGUGUCUCCCAAUAUGCAAGGGAGCCCAGUGUAUGUAGGAGGCAAUUAUGUGGAUUCUGUACCAGCACAAGGCCCUUCUCUCUAUGGUCUAAAUCACCUUGCACACCAGCCCAACAACAUGGACUAUAAUGGAGCACCUUCAAUGCCAAGCAACCAGCAUCAUGCACCUUGUGAACCACUUCCCACCUACACAGAGCUCUCAUCACACCACCAGGGAAGGAUCCAGGAAGCCCCCAAACUGACCCAUUUGUGAUUGAGUCAUAGAACUCAUCUUGCAAACUCUAGGGGGCGCUGAUCUCCUCAGGAGCACCGUGAAACACUUGUGUUGAUGUGAUAAUGUAUUUAUAAUUCAUUAUUUCCCUUAUGAUAUUUUUCCAACUAUUAAUACAGGGUUUAUCUUGCACUGUUACAUGAAGGCAUCACUCAUUCAACACAAGUGAUUCUAAAGGCUGAGUAUUUUUAAGCUGGAGAAAACUUGUUAUUAUGAAAAACCACAUAAUAUAUGCGCAAGUGAUUGACAUUUAUUAUGUUUAAAAUUUGCUGUUCAGCUUUGUCUCCAAGCCAAUACUAGGAGCCUUCCUCGAAUUUAAAAUAGUACUAGGCUAGGUGACUCCUACAUCAUUUCCUAAAUAUCAUUUCUAGAGAUUGAGAUAAUUGCCCAGUGUUGUUAAAGCAUUUCCCGGUCCAAAUAGGAGUAAUGCAGACAACAAACACAAAGCUGAUGAGUAGUUUUAUUUUUAUCUACAUCAUUCUGUAAAUUUAAAUAUCAUGACAAUUGUUGCAUUUGUAGUGAUAGCAACCUAGGCCUUAAGAUCAAAUGAAGUUGAGCUAUUUAGAUAAUUCUUGGAGUCUCACCACUGUGUAAAAAGUAAUGUGGGCGUCUAAAAUAGAAUUCUACCAGUCCUAUGCUAUAAGGGCCAGAAUAAUCACUUUUUUUCCUCGUCUUAAUGUGGAUACAGGGUAUAUUUUAAAGAAGAUGUCUGCUCACCAAACCAAGCACAGUGAUUUCCAUUCAGUGUUUGCUCUCUUCGUGUAGACAUCUCGUUUGCACUUAGUUUACAUGUACUUUAUAAAAAGCAGCCUGGUGACAAGGCUUACUCAAUCCUGGAGACUACCAGGCUUGUGUGAUCUUGCAAACAGACAUUUAGUAUUGCUGCUCAUAAAACCGGUGGAAAUAUGUAUUUUUAUUAUUUUUUU